AUGGAUCCCAACGCUACCGGCUAUCCUGCUCUGCAGCAACAGCAGCACCACACGGGCUAUCCUGUCACCACCCAGAGUCCACACGGCCAGCUCCCUUUCUAUCCGAACCCUAUGCCCCCGUUCCCCCAGUCCAAGACGCCAUCCCAGCAACAGCAACAACAGCAUUCUUUCGGUGCAGUGCCAAUGCAGCAGCCAGGCGGCCCCGGUGGAGCUAUGAUGCCUUCAGGUUUCCCCCAGCAUCCUUCGGGACCCCACGCCAACUUCUCUGCUCCUCCCUUUGCCCAGCCACCUGUCCCGACGACCAUGAGCCAAUUUUUACCACCGCAAGGUACCUCGACCUCGAGUAUUCCCACGACCGCAGCGCACGCCUUCCCUCAAAACAUGGCCUCGGUCUCAGCGAACAACAUGCUCCCCGCGCAGCAACGGCCAGUCCAACUACAACAGCCUCCCCAGCCCCAGCCACAAGCGCAACCGCAGCCGAAUCCUGCGCAGGCGGAGCCCCAGGGUCCGGCGGCAGCGCGCGAAAAGGCUCGCGUCGCGACCCUGCUCGAUAUCAACUCGAUGUUGCUGGAAGAAGUCGUGAAUCUGCGGGCGGCUGGUAAAGCUGGUGGUCCUCCUGUACCUCAGGAUGGAUCGCCCGCAGCCGACCCCGAGGCGGCCAAGGGACCAGUGCAGAAGCCGAGCCCGGAAUACAUCGAAUGUAUGCGCCGGUUGCAGGCCAACCUGGCUUAUCUCGCGACUAUUGCCGACCGGGCCAAGAAAUCGGGAGGCGUGCCUCCUCCGGGCCCUGCUAUCAUGACGCCGCCCCCGAACAUGUCAUCGAUGAAUGAGAUCUACAGCAAGCUCAACGAGCUCUUCCCGCGAACAGCCAAGAGCGCCGCCGGGACGCCACAGCCGAGUCCACAAGGUAUGCAGGGAAACGGCAACCCGAGCCCUUCCCCAGCAGCAGAGUCUGUCGUAUGA